CUGCAUUUUGAGUGCGCGCGCGGCGUGAGGAGAGGACGCCAUCUCUCUAACCGACGCAUCAGUAGUUUAAUCUCGCAGCGGCGCAUUGAUCGAAGCUGCAAAGGCAGCGAGCAAUAAUGGCCUCCCGCAAAGGCAGCAGUGAAGCGCCAUCACUGCCUUUAGAGCUUGCUGGGCCAUUCUACGACACGGCGACGCUGAUUAGUAUGUCGCAGACGACCAAGGCGUGCGCCGCGUCCAAGAUGCUCGCGGCGCAGUGGGCCGGAGUCUUCUCGCGGCGCUUCCCGUGCCUCGCGGCGCUGCCGGCAUUCCAAGCUCCGCUGGCCGACGCGAAGGCCCUCGUCAAGGGGCUGCUCACGGCGACGCCACCACCUCCCGAGCCGCCGCGACGUGGCCGGUCGCGCGGGUCGCCGCUCCCGGCGGUCCCGCUCGACGGCGCGGGGCGAGCGCUUCCAUUACGAGAACUCACCAUCGUGGCGGUCCAGCUAUCGAAACGCGGCGAUGCUGCAUUAUUAGAUCGGCCGCUGCUGUUUGGGCAUCGACGGGUAGGUGUGGGAUGUAUGGAGGUGGCAAACGAGGACAAUGAAGAUGGUAGGUUCGGAUAUAAUGGGCCGAAUUGGGAGGAAGAGAUCCCUCUACAAGCCACCGCGCAAACGGAGACCCUUGAUGAACUACGGAGCAUCAAAAAAGCCCUCUCGCUUCCAGAUUGUGUUUUCCUCGAGCAAGGAACCGGCGAGGCGACUCCAAACGUCCGCUCUCUGUGCCAGGACAUGUGCCGAGCCGCGGAGGCAACGUUACGCCAGGACGUCUUCGUCGUCGCCGGCAGUGAAGUCUGGAGGAUGGGCGACGCAUCACACACUUGCGCGGGCAGCUUGGCGCGUUGUGAGUCAAUGCUGCAGUCUAACUUCGACUGGUACAUCGAUCGAAUCACCGAGUUUGGGGGGAACGGCGAACCCACAGACCGCGGCCCAAUUGUGUUUCUAGGAAUACUGUUUAAUCGAAUGAAUCUGGCAAUGUCGAUGCGGUGGAACCUUGGUGCUUAUGGGCAUCAUGAUCGGUUUGCUCCUGUUGUAGAACCGCUUGAUUACUAUACCGACUGCUACAGCCUGGGCUGUUAUCUAAUUGCGCCUUGGCGCCAAUUAGUCAUAGACAACAUCGUCGACCGGCACCCUGGGACCAAUAUCGACUACGACGAGGACCUCGACGAAGACGACGGCCACCCCUACCUCUGCCAGCUCCUCGCGGCGACGCGGCCCGUCCGCGUCGCGAGGGCCCCGAGGGCCGCCUAG